UCGGUCUCUUCCUUCUAACUGAGGCGCCGCGCGCUGGGUCCGCGGGCGCGUCACGUCCGGAUUUUGCUGCCCGCCCCGCCCCGUCUGUUCCGAGCGCGCGGGCAGCUGAGAGGUGGAACCCGGCUGCAGAAUGAUGUCCACAUCUCACUGCCGCUGGUCCCACCUUCCCUUGGGACAGGGAAGAGAAAUGGCUGCAGUGGAGCCAGUUCAGGGAACCAGUUGCUAAGAUUUUAGCAGCUCAUCACUGCCCUCAGCCCCGGCCCUUCCGCCCUGGCCACAGCGUACAGCCCGUGUUUGGGUCACACCCUGACGUCACAGCUGCAUUUGGAAUGAGGCAACCCAGAACUGCUGGGCAACCUGUCACAUAGCUCCUCUUGCUGUAUUGCAAGGAUUAGCUGCAUUUUUACUGAAUGUGGUGACGUCUGUCAAUAUGGGUAAGAGAUCAAGAGACCCUGGUAGAAAAUACCCAAGUGGGAGUAAGAGCCAUCUACAAGGCAAAGGCAGUUGAAAGACAGAAGCAAAAGGGUGCGUUAAGCAAGUAUUUUAGCAGACUUGAUUCUGCUGUUGAGCCAGAAGAGCUCCGUGAAGAUGCAGAUAUGGCUGAAAAUCCUCCAGUAGAACAUACGACGCAGACAGAGAAUGACAGCAGCGGCGAAGAAUUUGAAGAGCCAAAUCAGUCUGAAGAAGACACUCAGGACAGUCACGGUGAAGAGAAGACUACAAAAAGGGCUGUAACUGAUGCUGAAGGUGCUGAGGGUUAAGAGUGCUGUUCUGAUAAUCAAGAUGCAGAUGGUUUCGAUCCAGAGCAGAAAGGCAACUUCAACUCUGCUGACCAGAAAGAAAUAUCUGAUGAUCCCGCAACUUGGCCAGAGUACAUUAGCCAGCGUCUCAGAGAGUAUUUAGUCAAACAAGGGCCGCCUAAAAUUAUUGUAGAAGAUUUCCCUAAAAAUAAGAUUGGGAAACACUUUUCAAAGUUUCACUGCAAAAGGAAACUUUCAAAUGGUGAAAUUGUACCUCGACCUUGGGUGAUCUACUCAGUGUCAGCCGACAAGAUCUUUUGUUAUUACUGUAAGAUUUUGUGCAGUAAUGUGACAAGUUCAUUAGCAUCUGAUCGUUUUAAUGACUGAUCUACUAUUCAUACGAGAUUGGCUGAGCACGAAAACUCAAACGGACAUUUACACGCUGUGCUUAGUUGCUGCGACCUUCCGCAAAGGUUAUCUGCUUAAAAAGCCACUGACGCAAUACAACCAAAACUUACUGACCAAGAAGCAAAAUGCUGGCCUCAAGUUUUCGAGAGACUAGUCGCUGUCGUUCAGUUGCUAGCAGAACAAAACUUACCAUUUCGUGGAUCUGAUGAACAGCUGGGAACAUCAUACAAUGGAAAUUUCUUGGAGUGAUUGAAUUACUGGGAGAGUUUGACCCAGUGAUGCAGGAACAUUUACAAAGAAUCAAGAACAAAGAAAUAAUGACCAUUAUUUAGGAAACAACAUUCAAAAUGAACAUAUUAGUAUUGUAGGGAAUGCUGUUAAGCAUGAAAUAAUAGCUCGAGUUAAGGCUGCUAAGUAUUUUGCUAUUAUACUCGACUGCACUUCUGACAUUAGUCACCAAGAACAAAUGUCAUUGACAAUUAGAUAUGUGGCUGAUGGUGUAUCACCAAAUAUUCCAGCAGGGGUAUAUGAACAUUUCAUUAAGUUCAUAGUAGUAGAAAGCAGCACAAGUGAAUAUCUGUACAAUAUCCUUCUAAGUGAACUCGAAGACCUGGGAUUGGACGUUGCAAAUAUACGUGGGCAGGGCUAUGACAACGGCGCGAAUAUGAACGGAAACAUAUCAGGUGUACAAGCACGACUUCUGAAAACAAACCCAAGAGCUUUUUUUACACCAUGUGCACGUCACAACUAUAAUCUCAUUGUGGGAGACGAGGCCAAAACAUUCCUGGUGUGAUGAGUUUCUUUGGAGCCCUGCAGCGUAUUUACGUCCUUUUUUCUGCAUCUGCUAAAAGAUGGACUGUUUUUAGAAAACAUGUUACUGGCCUUUCGGUAAAGCCUCUUUGCGAAACAUGAUGGGAAUGUAGAAUGCAGAGCGUCUAAGCUCUGCGGUACCAAGCAGGGGAGUUUUAUGAUGCACUCAUAGAGGUAGCAGAAACAAUGGAUGAUGCUCACACAAAAAAUGAAGCUGAAUCGCUGGCUAUUCAAAUGAAGGAUUCUAAGUUUUUGGUUUCACUAGUUUUCUGGCAUGAUUUACUGUCUCAAGUGAAUUUUGUGAGCAAAGAGCUACAGCGUGAUACAAUGGAUAUUUCUGCAGGAAUUUCUUCAUUCGAAAAGCUUUGUAACUGGUUAAAAACGUACAGAGAGAAGGGUUUUCAAGAAGUGUUAAUUGGUGCCAAUGAGCUUGCCGAAGAUCUAGAUGUGACUCCAGUAUUCCAGACUAAACGUUUGCGCAAACGAAAAAAACAAUUUGAGUACGAGUCUGCAGACGAGGCCUUUUCUGAUCCAGAAGAAGCUUACAGAGUGCAAUGCUUCAAUCACGUCUUAGACAAAGCUUUACAGUCACUUGGACCAAGGUUUGAACAGUCACAAAAGCAUGCAAGUUUAUUUGGAUUUUUAUGCGAAUUCAAAAAUCUUCCCAAGGACACCAUACGAAAAUCUGCUGCCAAUCUGGAACUCGCAUUGACAGAUGUGAAACUAGUGCAGGAAAACGAACAAGUCUCAACUGUAAAAUCACUUGACAUAAAUGGCUACAUGCUUUGUGAAGAACUGGAAGCAUUAAAGCCAAUUCUUCCAUCUGAUUGUAGAAACCCCCUACAAAUCCUUCAAUUUCUUGCAUAUAAUAACCGAUCAACAGCAUUCCCAAAUUUAUUUAUAGCCAUUCAAAUCUUCCUGACUAUUCCGGUAACUGUAGCCUCAGGAGAGAGGAGCUUCUCGAAGUUAAAUCUAAUUAAAACAUAUCUGCGAUCAACAAUGCAGGAAGACCGAUUAAGGAGUCUGGCAAUCAUGUCGAUUGAAUGUGAAGUGAUGAAGAGCUUAACGUUAGGCAACAUACUGAAAGAUUUUGCUGAACAAAUGGUAAGGAAGAUAAAGUUUUAGAAACGUAUAGGUGAGGUGUACAAGGAAGUUCCUCUUCACCAACUUGAUAUUUAUAAUCUGUGAUGCAAUGUACAUAAUAUAUCAUUUUGUUGUUGUUUAUAUAGUUAUGGAAAGUAAAUAAUACAUGG